CAAAAGUGUCAGAAGGUUUUGCGACUAGCACGUUACCCCUCGGCCUUGAGGCAUCGCUCCUUUUCGGAGGAGCUUAAGCCUCUUGCUGCUAUAGGGGGGGGCCUGCAAAAUCGUGAGGAAGGGAUCGCCUGGAGGGUCUUUUCAAUGCCUAGUGCGGAGAAAGCGCCUUUUUAGGUAUUCUGCUGCGGAGAAAUGGAGAAAGAGGAGAAUUCGGCGGCCAGUCCGGCGCGCUUUAAAAAUACCGUGCAAAUUGUACUGCCAGAAGAGAGACGUGGUUCAGACGGAAUAAAUAUCGUGAUGGAGGAAAUGAUCAUGCGAGUUGGAGGGUUUAUGCCCAAGGAUAUCUUCAGUCUCCCUGAAUUUCCAAAAAGAGGAUUAUACGAGGUGGUUUUCCACAGCACCGAAGACUACAGGAAAUUUAAGCGUAAGUACUAUGCAAACAAAAAUGAUCAUGUGUUUAAAGAUGUGGAGGUUAAAUUUUUGCAUAGUGACACGGUGCGCAUAGUCACCGUACAGAUGUACAACCCGUAUGUGCCAUUAGCGGAUGUGGUAAGGCACCUGAAAAAAGAUGCAGAGGAGGUGGUGUUCCUUAAAAAUAUUGAGAACAGAUUUGGCGUAUGGAACGGGAAGAGACUGUUCAAAGUAAAAUUCCAUGAGAGCGAUCUGUUUGAUGACGGUAUCUCACACCCCCAGUCAAACUUUAGAAUGGGAGCGGAAAGGGGGUUCAUGUUUUAUUCGGGGAUGCCUAAGUACUGCCAAAGGUGCAAUGAAUUUGGCCACAUACCGCAGGACUGUGAGGCGGGUAUAAGAAUGUGCGGGAACUGUUUAGAAUUUGGGCACAUCACCAAGGACUGUAAAAGUGAAAAAAAGUGCUCACUGUGCAAAGAACUCGGCCAUAUGUACAGGGAGUGCCCCGAAAGGGGAAUGGACUAUGCAGGCGCGGUGAAAGGUGGGAAACAACCGAGUGUGGAAGCGGGAGGUGAAGAGAGAGUUGCAGUUCAGAAAGAGAAAAAACAGGCAGCGGAGUUAAGCACCCAGGUGCGGGAAAUUAGGAGUGAGCAGCCGCAGAGUUUGGAAACUGAAGUGGAGGGGGAAGGGAAAGAAGAAAUGGCAGUGGAGCGGGAGGAAAGUGAGGUGUUGCAGGAAGAGAGUCUGAGCGGUGUUCCCUAUGUUGGAUUAACUCUGGGGGAUGAAUUUUGUUUGUCCGGUUUGAGUGUUUUUGAAAGGUUGAGCCGGGAUGCAGAAAGAGAGGACGACGAGAGAGCGGACAACAAGAGACACAAGCCGGACUCGGAUUGCGGAUCGUUGAGAGUGGUGGAGGAGAUGGAGGAUCAAGAAGAUACAGUGUCGGACAUUUCGGUGGAGGUGGUCGCAAGGAGGAAGGUGCCGGUGAGUGGGGAAAGGUUAAGUCAAACCCCAGAAAUGGAAAGGAAUGCGGCUUGAGCAAUGAAGAGGACUGCGAAUGCGCCAAAAAUGACUGGAAAGGGGGUAUUUCAUUUUGGUCCGGGAGUACUGAAAGUAAGAACUCCGGAGUUGGUUUCUUAUUUUGUAAAAAUGUUGGUGAUUUUGUAUCUUUUUUCGUAAUUGAACCUGGGAGGGCGAUUUUAGUUAAAGUUAAUUAUUGCGGAAGCAUUAUUAGGUUUGUGAAUGUGUAUGCCCCGGUAGAAAAGGAAGACAGAGCUGAGCUGCUUAAUAAGAUUUAUUAUUUUCUGCCAGGUGUAGAGCCAAUUAUAAUUUGUGGGGAUUUUAAUUGCAUUCUAAAGAGGGAAGACAGGAAAGGUCAAGCGGGGUUAGAUGUAACCUCGGGUAUCCUUAAAAAUUUAGUUUCCGAUUUUGUGCUACAGGAUCUGUGGGUUUUGAGUAAAAAACAAACAGAGGGUUUUACUUUUGAGAGUAAUAAAUGUAAAUCUAGGAUUGAUUUUGUUUUCGGAUCGUCAGAGUUUAUGACAAAAGAUUUUGUUUUAGUGGCAAAUGGUUUCUCAGACCAUAAAAUGCUGAUAGUAGAUUUUGUUUUGCGAGAUAAAAAUAUUAAGAAUAAAAAAAGGGAUUGGAAGUUAAACGCUGAUUUAUUGGAGGAUAGUGAUGUAGUUGAGGGUUUUAAGUUAAAAUAUGCGCAG